AUCUGGCCCUUUCCCUUCCGCGUGGAGAAUGUGGGGCGCCUGUAAAGUUAAGGUUCACGAUUACUUGGCCACCACUUCCAUCACUCUGAGACGGUACCUGAGAUUGGGGGCGACCAUGGCAAAAAGCAAGUUCGAGUACGUGAGGGACUUCGAGGCUGACGACACCUGCCUGGCCCACUGCUGGGUGGUAGUGCGGCUUGACGGCCGGAAUUUCCAUCGGUUUGCUGAGAAGCACAACUUUGCAAAACCCAAUGACAGCCGUGCUCUCCACCUGAUGACCAAAUGUGCCCAGACUGUGAUGGAAGAACUAGAGGAUAUUGUGAUUGCGUAUGGACAGAGUGAUGAGUACAGCUUUGUGUUCAAGCGGAAAACCAAUUGGUUUAAAAGAAGAGCCAGGCUUUGACGGAAGAGUCGUGGUGUAUCCCAGCAACCAGACUUUAAAGGACUACCUCAGCUGGCGACAAGCAGAUUGUCACAUCAAUAAUCUUUAUAAUACGGUUUUCUGGGCACUUAUACAACAAUCUGGACUAACACCAGUACAAGCCCAAGGGAGAUUACAGGGAACUCUUGCAGCAGACAAGAAUGAGAUUUUGUUUUCUGAAUUCAACAUCAACUAUAAUAAUGAGCCGCUGAUGUAUAGGAAAGGGACUGUGUUGAUAUGGCAGAAGGUGGAUGAAGUGAUGACAAAAGAAAUUAAGCUGCCAACAGAAAUGGAAGGAAAAAAGAUGGCAGUGACCCGGACCAGGACAAGGCCAGUGCCCUUGCACUGCGAUAUCAUUGGGGAUGCUUUCUGGAAGGAACAUCCAGAGAUUCUAGAUGAAGACAGCUGACCCUUUGUGCUUCAGUUCCGGUGUGCUUAACCAUGCAAGCCCUCCCACCUCCCAAGGCUCCUUGCCUUAGGUGGCUGUAGCAUCCCUACCACCCAGGACACUGGUGCGAAUGACACAACUCAAGUUGGGAGGGGAACAGGGAAGGAAGGGAUGGAUGGGGGUGGUGUAUCUUGUUCUGUUUAAGCAGAACACCUUAUUUGCGGUGUUGGAACAUGGUUCCUUUGGCAGAAGUGCUUUUUUUUUAAUCGCAGUACUAUUUUUAUAAAGCAAGAACUAUUUCAUGCCUUGGAGAAUGAAUCAUUUUUAGAUUGUGACAUAAAUCUUGUAAAAAACUGUCAGUUAUUUUCAUCUAUGAGAGAAGAGGAGCCCAAACUCUCGCCCACCUGUUCUUAACCAGAAAACCCACUGACUUUGAAAAUCUCACCUCUGCCACCCAUCUACUUGCAUUCAUCUUUGGCAGACCUCAAGAUAAAUAUGGGUUAAUGCCUGCAUGAUGCCUCUGAAUUCAGGAAUUGCAGGGAAAACUCAGGGCUUUGUGCCAAUCUCUAAGUUGGCAACUUUGGCUGAACAAAUGAGUAGUGGCUUCAGUGUCCUUGCGUACACAUUCUGUGGAUUGAUUUAAUGGAGUUGUCAGCAUGAUCAUCAUCUUCUAGCCAGGGGCAUAGUUGCCAAGGCCAUUUACCUCUUUCUAAGAAGAAACAGAAUUAUGUGUAUAUAUGAGAGAAAGAAACAAGAAUGAGUGAAUGAGGAUGAAGAACGAUUUACCCCAUGUACUCAAGACAUUUCAGUUUUAAAAGUCACUUUCCUAUUAGACUUCCUGAAAAAGAUUCUCACAUAGCCUCUAUGUAAUCAGAAAAAUGACAUUUGAUUUCAAGAGCAGAGGGGUAAACAUGCUCUGCUAAUCUACAGGUAGCAGGUGUCAGAGGAGUCAUAAUAUUAAUAGUGCCACCUUCUCUUGGGUCAGUGGAGAUGGGUGAGGAGCAGCAGAGAGCAGCAGGGAUCAUCACAUGCAGCCAAACUUGGCCUCUGAAGGGGGAAGGUAGUGGGAAUAGGUGGUGAGAGAACUCACAUUUUUCUCUUGUCCUGGUUUUAUAUUUUGGAGGGAAAGGAUUAUUUGGCCCUAUUAAGAAUUAAGAGGCUGGGUGCGGUGGCUCACGUCUGUAAUCCCAGCACCUUGGGAGGCCCAGGCAGACAGAUCACCUGAGGUCGGGAGUUCGAGACCAGCUUGACCAACGUGGAGAAACCCCUAUCUCUACUAAAAAUACAAAACUAGCUGGGCAUGGUGGUGCAUGCCUGUAAUUCCAGCCACUCGGGAGGUUGAGGCAGGAGAAUCAUUUGAACUCAGGAGGCAGAAGUUGCAGUGACCCAAGAUUGUGCCAUCACACUCCAGCCUGGGCAACGAGAGCAAAACUCCAUCUCAAAAAAAAAAAAACCAAAAAACAAAAGACAUGGCUGGAUGUGGUGGCUCACCCCUGUAAUCCCAGCACUUUGGGGGGCUGAGGCGGGUAGAUCACUUCAGGCUAGGAGUCCAAGACCAGCACAUCCAACAUGGCAAAACCCCGUCUGUACUAAAAAUAGAAAAAUUAGCCAGGCGUGGUGGCGUGUGCCUGUAAUACCAGCUACUCAGAAGGCUGAAGCAGGAUAAUUGCUUGAACCUGGUAGGUGGAGGUUGCAGUGAGCUGAAAUCAUGCCCCUGCACUCCAGCCUGGGUGACAAAGCAAAACUGUCUAAAAAAAAAAAAAAAAAAAAUUAAGAGACAGCCCAUGUCCCAGUGCCUUGUCUUGCACUGCAGAAUUUACAUCUAAGAAGAAAAUGUAUUUUUGAAAGGGCGAUGGCUGGCCUCAUCCCUCACUAAUUGACAACCCAUCUGUUGAUGCCAUUUUUUCCCUUCCUGUUCUCACUCCACAGAAAGAGGAGAUACGGUUCUUGUUUGGUAAUUGCUAAAAUCUCUUUGAGGAAAGAAAUAAAGAUGUCAACUCCU